CAGAUCCUUUCAGAAUGCCGGAGGAAAGUUCUAGGCAGACCCUGCCUAGCGUUCAGGACCAGAACCACACUCAGCUGAUCAACGCUGACGGUCAGCACCUCUUCUGCAGGUACUGGAAGCCCACAGGCACGCCCAAGGCCCUGAUAUUUAUUUCCCACGGAGCUGGGGAGCACUGCGGGCGCUAUGAGGAACUGGCUCAGAUGCUGAUGAGACUGGGCCUGCUGGUGUUUGCCCACGACCAUGUGGGCCAUGGACAGAGUGAAGGGGAGAGGAUGGUGGUGUCUGACUUCCUAGUUUUCAUCAGGGAUGUGCUACAGCAUGUGGACAUCAUGAAGAAAGACUACCCCAUGCUGCCCGUCUUCCUUCUGGGUCACUCCAUGGGAGGCGCCAUCGCCAUCCUCACAGCUGUAGACAGGCCGAGCUACUUCUCCGGCAUGGUUCUCAUCUCGCCUUUGAUCCUUGCCAGUCCAGAGUCAGCAACAACUUUCAAGGUCAUCCUUGCGAAAGUACUCAACUUUGUCCUGCCAAACAUGUCCCUGGGGCCAAUCGAUUCCAGUGUGCUCUCUCGGAAUAAGACAGAGGUGGACCUGUACAACUCGGACCCACUGGUCUGUCGGGCAGGGCUGAAAGUAUGCUUUGGCAACCAGCUGCUCAGUGCCGUCGCACGGGUGGAGCGUGCCCUCCCUAAGCUGACCCUGCCCUUCCUGCUGCUCCAGGGCUCUGCUGACCGCCUAUGUGACAGCAAGGGGGCCUACCUGCUCAUGGAGGCAGCCAAGAGCCAGGACAAGACGCUCAAGAUUUAUGAAGGUGCCUACCACGUUCUCCACAGAGAGCUUCCUGAAGUAACCAACUCCGUCUUCCAUGAAAUAAACAUGUGGUUAUCUCAAAGGACAGCUGCGGCAGGAGCCGGGUCCCCACCCUGAGCGCACUGACUGGCAAUUGGCUCAUGGUCUGGGGGGAAGCGGGCAGAGGAAGGGCAGGACUUGGCUUCUCAGAUGUGGCUUGCAAAAA